UGCUCGCAUUUAAUUAAGAAGAAGAAGCAGCAGCAGGACGGGACAGCGCCCCGCCCCCCUCCUGGCUGCUCCGGGCUCAGACACAAACACACCCCAGCCUGCGGACUUUCAGCUCGGCUUUUUUUGCAGCUUUUACGCAGCGAGGGGAACAUUUACGCGACAAAACCCAGACUUUGGAGCGUGUUGAAGAGGAUUUGACGCACACUGCUGGAUGUCUGUAAACUUUCCUUCAGUUUUCAGUGUGGGGUUUCCAGCGUUGGAGUUUGGUUUUGGAGUUUUGGGAUCCCAUAACUAAUCUUAACGCGUAAUAACUCCGGAGCAUAAACGUGUUUCUAACCUCACCGCGCGGUGCGUUUCUCCGCUGCUAAGUGAGUGAUGAUUGGUUUGGAAAUGUCAGCUCCGCACACUCCAUCAUCCCGGCGGGGCUGAGGGAAAGUAAGAAACCACCUGUUGUGGAAGUUUCCUGGAGCUUGUCACGGAUAAAGCCGAGCUGCUGAAACCAGACUCCGGACAGAGCCGAGUGAGAGCGGAAUGCAGGUUCGGGUUCAGGUUUUACGCACGGAGCGGACGCGCUUCUCCCUGCACAGUCCCAGUGUCUCCGGGGGGCUCCGUGUUGUGUGUUUGCAGUGAGCAUGUUGCCAUGGUGUCCCGGGCUCAGGUGAGCAGCACGGCGGCGGGAUGGCUCGCGAGGACGCGGUGAGGUGUCUGCGCUGUCUGCUGUACGCGAUCAACCUGCUGUUCUGGCUGAUGUCAGCCUGUGUGCUGGGAGUGGCAGCGUGGAUCAGAGACUCCCUGAACACCGUCCUUACCCUGACAGCCCACACCAGGCUGGAGGAAGCAGCUGUCCUGACCUAUUCUCCAGCUGUUCACCCCGUCAUCAUCUCCGUGUGCUGCUUCCUGGUCAUCGUGGCGAUGGUCGGGUACUGCGGCGCGCUGCGCUGCAACCUGCUACUGCUCUCCUGGUAUUUCUGCAGCCUGCUGGUGAUUUUCUGUGUGGAGUUGGCCAGCGCUGUCUGGACCUACGACGAGCCCUCAGUGCAGCGCUCUGAUAUGAUCAGUCUGAAGUCUCGGAUGCCGAACUACGGCCUGCAGCAUUACCAGUGGCUCACACACACCUGGAACAGCUUCCAGACAGAGUUUGAGUGCUGCGGGGUGAUCUACUUCACUGAUUGGCUGGAGAUGACAGAGAUGGAGUGGCCCCCUGACUCCUGCUGCUCCAAUCAGUAUCCAGGAUGUGCUCGCCACGCCCACUACCACGACCUCAGCGACCUGCACCAAGAGGGCUGCGGUCCGAAGAUCUACGGUUUCAUCCGAGGGACGAAGCAGCUGCAGGCGCUGCGUUUCCUGGGCGUGUCCAUUGGCGUGGCUCAGAUCCUCGCCAUGGCGCUGACGCUAACGCUGCUCUGGGCGCUUUACUACGGGCGGCAGGCUCCAGAGCCGGACUCCACGCCGCUGUCGCCGCCAGACGCCUCCGCCCCGCUCGCCCUGACACACGGACUCUCCGCUGCAGCGCCGGCCGCGGCACGAUGCAACCACACGGAUAAGAGCUGCAGCGGGAAGCAUGUGGCGGCCGCGGUGAUCGAGAUGGAGCGCCUGUCGUAGCAGCCUGAACACACCGGAGGGAACUACAAGUCUUAUUUUACUGGUUUUAUUUCAUCAUUUCUAUCAAUUACGUCACUCGGCUUACGGUUUCAAGGUGUUUUCACGCCUGGCGUUCGUUUGCUCUGGUCUGAAUCAGUCUGUAAACUCUGUUUGGUUUCACACGUUUCUUUAUUUGUCUGCGUUUUUUCACCGUUUUUGUCAAUUUGUCGUUUUGUUGUCACUUUUUAGGAGAUUUUUGACCCUUUUUUGGAGGUUAUGUCGAGAGAAAGUAAAAACAGGAAUGUUGACCUGUGUUCCAGUUAUACCAUGAGCUUCGGGGGGGUACAGCUAUUUCGACUGGUGACGUCACUCUCCAUUUUAUAUAGGCUUACACACAUGAGAACCACUAAUCUACAGUAUAUGCGGAAUUCCCUGAAUAUUAGUGCAGAUUCCCUCUUGUUAAGACAUUAAGAAAUUGAAUUUGAUAAUAAUGAUAUAUCUAUAUAUACCAGUCCCUCCAGAAACACGCAAUCUCAUAACUCAACGCAUAAUCAGCCAAAGUCUUUUUUUCAAAUAUGCCGCACUUUCGCCGCAUAAAUUGCCGAUUUCGGCACAAAAUAUGCAGGACUUACAUGAUUUCAUAAUCCCCGCAUUUUCCCGUGUGUGUGUCUCUGUGUGUGUGUGUGUGUGUG